AUCCCAACAGUCCAGUGCCAGUAUUUGAGAUCUCAGCUCAGCAUGUACCGCUACCAAAGACUGAACACUCAUGCUGGUUGCCUCUUUUCAAAGUAGCAGUCAUUGCACAAGAGUUCUCCGAUCCCCAGUCGCAAAAAUCAUCGAUACCCUGCUGCGGGAGUCGACGGUGAAAAACAAGAGAAAGAGGAACUUAAGGAAGAGGGAUCUAAGAAAGGAAAAAUUGAGGAAGAUUCAGCUAUGAAAGGUCUAGAAAUAUCUUUAGAUCUUCUCGUAGAGAUUGGCGGUGUUCGACACGCAGUAAAAUACGACGGAGGGUUGGUCAUGAAAGGCUUUUCUCACAUGUUUGUUCCUGUGCGAAAGGUCGGAGAUCGAGUACAAUGGCAUGCCAUCUCAAGCAAGGAUCAUGGAAGUCAACUGACCUACGAGGAAGCUUUGCGACAAUGUGCGACACGAGCACCGCUUAAGGAAAUUGGCUUGGACGAUCUGCAACAUACGCGUGCUAUAUUGGGAUGGUGUUUGGUAGCAACGUCACGACUUGGAUCCAAUUUGGCAGAUUACGCGAACAUCGGCUACUCGCGCAGUGAAGAAGCCAGCGCCGGUCUUCGAUUUGCUGGUGGCCAGCUAGGAUUUCAGCAGUUUGGCAUGGCAGCUUUGGACUUCAGUCUCGGCGCCAAAGAUGGCAAAUCCCAUUUCCAGCGUGUUGGAACAUACGAUAGGGUUGUCUCAGCCGCAGAGAAGACAUCCGUCUUCCGGACGACGACGAAUGCACUUUCAAGAACGAGUUGUUUACGCUCUGUCGCUAUUGGAACGUCUCAUCUACCAGAACGUGAGCAGGCAAAGGAAUGCUCAAGGGGCACCACUCAGAAGCAACAUGCGUGAACAUCUGACGGGAUUUGAGUUCAAG